AUGCCAAAUUACAGCAUCAAUAUUCCUGGCUUUCAGGUAGGAUAUAAUGCUUCAACGAGCAGAUUCCGCAUGAAUGGGAUCCCAAGUGGGCAGCGCGAGCCCCCUGAUUCCCCUACCCUUCAAUCUUCCACCCCUAGGAGCUCCUUAUCAGAUGAAGGGGAUGGCAUUAAUUCUGGACCUACGGACAAUAAUAUUCUGAGUUCUUGUCUGGAAGAUACUCAGCGCAAAAUUUCUGAGUUGCAAGCUAUUGUCGGCCAAAACCCAGCGCAUCUUGAUCUAACAACACGCCUCAAUCGACUUUCUUCUCAUAUAAAAGAAAUCCAAGACUGGAAAAGCUUGAUUGGCAAGGAUAUCGAGAGUGAUUAUCUAGCGCUCCUUUACCUCUUCAUGUGGACAUGUGACAGAGUGGAACACUUCAUAACGCAAGAGCAAGAGCAUGUUACGCCUCUUCAUGAGCUUGUGACCUGCCUUCUAGGCCUCGAUUUUGCACAUAAGGCAUUAGAGAGUGUUCGAGACUGCAAACCGCAAGAAAAGCUCACAGCGGUUUCCGGAGUAUAUCAUGAGAGCCAGGCGAGAGUCGAUUUUCAUUGCCAGAAGAUUGAAAAUUCAUCAACAGCUCGUCAUGAGCAGAAUCCGCCAACGGGAGCGAGCAUCAUCACAAGAUUUGGAGGGGGAAAUUCUGGGGUUCAAAUGGGUUUGAACUAUGGUACCUUAUAUCUUUAG